CUUUGGUCUCCAAAGAACAUUUCCAGUGUCGAAGCUUCACUGAUCUACUCUCUCUCUCAGUUCUCUCUCAGUAAUGGCUCGUUCUCUGUCGAUGUCUAUCGCGUGUGUGAUGUUGGCUUUCUCUGUUGCAGUUGUAAUGGUGGGUUUGGUUGAGUCAUCAAGGUUUGAUGAGUUGUUUCAGCCAAGAUGGGCAAUGGACCAUUUCACCUAUGAAGGAGAGCUUCUCAAGAUGAAACUAGAUAACUAUUCUGGUGCUGGGUUUUCAUCCAAAAGCAAGUAUUUGUUUGGGAAAGUCAACAUUCAGAUCAAGCUCGUGGAGGGUGACUCUGCUGGAACUGUCACUGCUUUCUAUAUGUCAUCAGACGGUGCAUAUCACAACGAGUUCGAUUUCGAGUUCCUGGGCAACACUACUGGUGAGCCAUACCUGGUUCAGACCAACGUUUAUGUCAACGGAGUCGGUAACAGAGAGCAAAGGCUGAACCUUUGGUUCGACCCCACCAAGGACUUCCACUCCUACUCCAUUUUCUGGAACCAGCGCCAAGUUGUAUUUUUGGUGGAUGGGACACCGAUUAGGGUACACUCGAACUUGGAACACAGAGGCAUACCAUUCCCGAAGGACCAAGCAAUGGGAGUGUUCAGCUCGAUUUGGAACGCAGACGAUUGGGCAACGCAGGGAGGCCGAGUGAAGACAAACUGGACCAACGCACCAUUCGUGGCCACGUACACGGGCUUUGAAAUUGAUGCGUGUGAGUGCCCUGUCACGGUGGCGGAUGCAGACAAUGCUCGGCGGUGCAGCAGCGGCGGACAGAAGAGGUAUUGGUGGGACGAGCCAACAAUGGCGGAGCUGAGUGUGCACCAGAGUCACCAGCUGAAGUGGGUGAGGGCCAAGCACUUGGUGUAUGACUACUGCACUGACACUGCUAGGUUCCCAGUCAUUCCGGUGGAGUGUGAGCACCAUCGCCAUUAGUCUCCUCUUGGGUUGCUUUGGGGGAAUAUGGAUGGGGUUCAAUUGGAUCACACUGUAAAAACAAGCAAAAAGAAUUAAAAAAUCAAGGUCUUGGACAUGAAGACAUGAACUCCAUGUUGUUUCAUAUUUUGGGUUUAUUUAUUCGUCUACUAUGUAAGAUAUGAGAUGUUUACAUUAAUAUAAAUUUUUAGAUUUUCUUCCAUA